AUGCACAUAUUCUACGACGAUGGCAGCGCCACCAUAGCAUUUAACUACAAUGGAGCCCUAUUUUUCAACUACUACUACUUCAAGAGUUUACACGCCAGCACGUUUGAAACAAGCAAGAGCACGAAGAUGGAUGUGUUGGUAUAUUGGUGGAUCACCAUGUACCACGAGUUGGCUCACAACCUGGUUGGAGAACAUGGUGCCCAACACAGCUUCUAUGCAGAGAGUUUUGCACAAGGCUAUUUUGGGCGAGUUAUGCAGAAGGCACUUCAGUAUAUGUAG